UUCUAAAGCUAAAAAAUGGCUGUUUUAAUUUUGACUUUAUUCGUGUUGAGGGUCGUGUUAGUGAUGAGUGAUGUACAGUGUGAUUGUAGUGUUUUGACAUUUAUAAAACAACUCGUCCAACAAGAGAUGUUUGAGAGAAAACUAGAAAUCAGCAUGCUUCGAGCUGAUCUUCAGAUGAUUUCAACAGCGCCUGGAUUAAUCGAAACCGACUCUUCCACAGGUUCGGCUAUCAGUACCCGUGUAGAGAGGCUGGAACAAAGAUUUGCCGAGUUUAAAAAUGCAUCUGACACUGGACAAAAGACUGGUGCUGAAAAUCCUGUGCAAAGUGAGAAAUCAGCGAACAAUGACAACGACGGGAAACAUCUAUCAUUUCAGACCUUGGUAAAACAUGCUUUGAAGAACGAAAAAUUGGAAAGAAUAAACUUUAUUUCUCAAGUUCAAAAACAAAUUGAAACUUUAAAAGAUAUUGUAUCUGAAUUUAAAACAAAUACAGACAUUUUCGUCAAUGAACAAACAGAGAAAUGGUCAGAAGAUUAUGAACAAUUCGAGAAGAAUAUAUCAGAGCAGUUUUCAGACUUUAGGGAAUCAUUACAGUUAAGCUCUCAAGAACAUGUUAGGCAAAUAACAGCUGGUAUGAAAGCUAUUAUGGACGAUGUGAAACAAUUGGAACAAAAUACAUCAAAGAAAAUGGAUAUCUUCAGAGAGAGUUUGAGGAAUGACCGUGAAGAAGGUAACUUACGAAUUCAAGCAGUUUCAAAUGAGAUUGCCGAUAAUGUGACAGAUAUCAGAGAAAACGUUCGCGAAUGUAUUACUGCCAUAGAUUUGCUGAAGUCUGGCGUCAAUGGAAUAACAUCAACUCUUAGCAGUUCUGAAGAAAAAGUGUCACAACUUCAUGAUCAAGUCGAGGAACACAUUAAAGGGGCAGAGAGACGGUUUAGCUUAGUCUCCAGAAAAGUCGGAACGUGUCAUGGUGCUAACUGGGAACGUCAUGGGAUAAGUCUACACUCCGCAUUCAAACUUAAAUUGUUUGGUGCUUCUAAGAAGUGCAAAGUAUUAAAUGCUGAUCUUGUAGAAAUAGAAAGCAAGGAAGAAAACGAUUACAAUUGUUACAUAUUCGUAUUGAGGGUCGUGUUAGUGAUGGGUGAUGUACAGUGUGAUUGUAGUGCUUUGACAUUUAUAAAACAACUCGUUCAACAAGAGAUGUUUGAGAGAAAACUAGAAAUCAGCAUGAUUCGAGAUGAACUUCGGAAAAAUUCGCCAGCGCCUGGAUUAAUCAAAACCGACUCUUCCACAGGAUCAUUACAUUCGGGAGGAAACACAUUAAAGGGCAGAGAGACGGUUGUAGCUAUAGUCUUCCAGGUAAAGUCUGGAACCUGUCAACGUGCUGACUGGGAACAUCAUGGGGAAAAGUGCUACCACUUCGCAACUCAGCCUAUCAAUUGGUUUGAUGCUUCUGAGAAGUGCAAAGAAUUAAAUGGUGAUCUUGUAGAAAUAGAAAGCAAGGAAGAAAAUGAUUACAUAACGGUUCAUAGUAAAAUCGGAAACAAAAAAGACUAUUCUUUAAAAUGCAUUUCAUUAUUUAAUGUAAAUGGACCAGAAUCUAGGAAGGAUAGAUACUUUAUCAACCUGACUGGUGAUAUAGUUCAUCGAGAGAUGUGA